UUUUUUUUUAAAAAAAAAAAAAAAAAACUACAACAUUUAGAUGGACUAUUCCAGCGCAGAAUCCUGCGAUUGCGAUGGCCGCAGCCAAUUGACUGCAUCAAAAUGAAUCUCUACGCACUUUUUUUUUUCUUUUUCUUACAGUUCCGGUCGGGAACCCCUCUUCACACUGGACCAGGAUCGUAUUUACUAGCCUUGGAUGUGAUUACUAUAGAAAGUAUUGUGUUAUUUCUAAGUCUUACUUUAUUCUGGGAACUGUUCAAGUUACAUUUUGGGGAACGCCACUAUUUGCUUGGAGCACGGUCUUCCCGACCAAUGGCGGGCUUGCCGACGGUGUAUUGCUUGGAUCGCUGGAGAGUAUCAGCGUUGCACUGUAAGACUCCACUGCUAUAAUACGUCUUAUUAUCUUCCUCGAAGCUUUUAGGCACCUAGGUAGCUGUAAGCUUUUAUAAGAUGACGAGUACUCCGUACUGUGCAGUUUUGCCGGACACCUCUUACAGUUCCUCAAUCACUACCCAAAGCAAUUCGUCUCUCGUUUGAACAUCCGACCCCUUAACAUUCUUUUAUUUUUCACAUAUCAUCCCCAACAACCCUUCACCAUGCAGGCUAAGUUCAUCAUUGCUGCCAUUGGCGCCGCCACUGCCGCUAUUGCUAGUGAGUCAAAUAUCCUACAAAGCAAUUGUCCAACCCCCAGCAGGCUAACUCAUACGACAAGACCCUGUUCCUGGCGUUAUUGACCAUGCUAUCUGCAACAAGCUGC